AUGUACCAGAAAAGUCCCAAUGGUUAUAUUGAACUAAGGAAGACUGCGGAGGGGGUCCUUUUAUGGUGGGGGCGGUCCAGCCGGCGGAAGCUCCGUCUUGUUGGGUUCGAUGAGCUGCCAGAUUACCUCAAGGACAACGAGUUUAUCCUCAAUCACUAUCGCGCUGACUGGCCGCUUCUUGAUGCUCUUCUCAGCGUGUUUUCCUGGCAUAACGAGACCCUCAAUGUCUGGACGCAUUUGGGGGGUUUCUUCCUAUUCCUUGCGCUCACUGUGGCGGGAUGCGUCGACGGCCUUGAAAAGCUCCGCAGCAACUUCGCUCCCACCAUCUCCAGGAUGAUGCUUUUAUCGAUCAAUGUUCCGAUCCGUAAUAACUACUCGGCAAACACUAUCUCGGUAAGACAAGCGUUUCUCUGUAUUUCGUUUUGUGUUUGUGUGUGAGUUAUAUGCUAUAUCCGAAGGAAAAGAUACAAUAAUCUCACAAAAAAAUGAAUUAGGAAACCAUGAUGAACUGUUUUGAAUAGAGAAGAACGAGCAGAAUCGAGCUACGAAAAAACAAUUCAGAAAGAAAUUGAUCUUGCAUAAAA